AUGAGCUUCAAAUUCCCAGAACACAUGGAGCUCGACUCAGCCAUGCGCAAGCUGGAAGCGACUCUCCGGCAGGCGUGCGAGGAACGCCCUGAGAAAUGCGUUGCUCCGUGGAAGUUCCUGAGUGGAAGUUUAACAAGGACUUACCUCGGGUACCUGAUAAUGGGCUCUGACGCAAGGGAGGAACUUGCUGCUGAGAAGAGGAUGUACAUCCAGGCGCUGCGGCUGGAAAUUUCCCGUGUGACGUAUACCUUGGGACCAAUACCAUUCAUUACUGUAGGCAGCCUCCUGCUUAUUGUGGCCACGUGGGCGCUAUGCAGAGUUGUGAAGGGACUGUGGACUACGUUCAGUAAAACUGUGUAUAAAACUAAUUCAACCAGGGAAGUACAGUCUGAAUCAACCAAAGUAGUUCAGUCUGAAUCAGCCGAAGAAGUUCAGUCUGAAUCAUCCGAAGAAGUUGCACAACCUGAACCAGCCGAAGAAGUUGUUCAGUCUGAACCAGCUGAAGAAGUGGCUCAGUCUGAACCAGCUGAAAAAGUGGCUCAGUUUGAACCAGCUGAAGAAGUGGCUCAGUCUGAACCAGCUGAAGAAGUGGCUCAGUCUGAACCAGCUGAAGAAGUGGCUCAGUCUGAACCAGCUGAAGAAGUGGCUCAGUCUGAACCAGCUGAAGAAGUGGCUCAGUCUGAACCAGCUGAAGAAGUGGCUCAGUCUGAACCAGCUGAAGAAGUGGCUCAGUCUGAACCAGCUGAAGAAGUGGCUCAGUCUGAACCAGCUGAAGAAGUGGCUCAGUCUGAACCAGCUGAAGAAGUGGCUCAGUCUGAACCAGCUGAAGAAGUGGCUCAGUCUGAACCAGCUGAAGAAGUGGCUCAGUCUGAAUCAGCUGAAGAAGUGGCUCAGUCUGAACCAGCUGAAGAAGUGGCUCAGUCUGAACUAGCUGAAGAAGUGGCUCAGUCUGAACCAACUGAAGAAGUGGCUCAGUCUGAAUCAGCUGAAGAAGUGGCUCAGUCUGAACCAGCUGAAGAAGUGGCUCAGUCUGAACCAGCUGAAGAAGUGGCUCAGUCUGAACCAGCCAAAGAACCAGAAGCCUCCCAGCCUGAAGUUUCUCAGCCUGAGGAGGCCGCUGAACAGCACACUUCUGAUGAGACUAGCAGCUCUAACUGGCUUGACCUCAUUAAUCCUGACAAUGAAGAUCUCAUUGGCUUCGCAUUGUCUCAAGAGCCUAAUCCCAUGAAGAGCGCCAAGAAAGCUCGCAAGCAAGCUGAGAAGGAAGAAUUGAAGAAAUAA